AAGAUGAGAAAGAUGAAAGAGUUGCUCCAUUAAUCUCAAAUCGUGGGGCAGUGAUAAACUGAAUAACAAUCUCUCAAUUCUUUCUAUCUCCAAAUGAAACCCUAAUCAACUCGAUUUUCCGAUCUCGAUAGCGCGAUUCUUCUACGCUCGUCUUCGCUCUUCAACUGUGCAAAGAUCCGGUACGAGCGUUAUCUUCACCAUGGAUGGGAACAAGGACGACGCGCUGAAAUGUUUGAGAAUCGGUAAAGAGGCGUUAGAAAACGGUGAUCGUUCACGCGCGUUGAAGUUCGUGACGAAGGCGCGCCGCCUCGACCCCACGCUCCCCGUCGACGAUCUACUGUCCACGAUCGAGGCGGACACAGGGGAUAAGUCUCCUGCCAAAGAGGCAGCGGCGGAAGGUACCGUACCCCCCGAUCAGCCUUCUCUCAGGCGAAGGGCGGCCGCUACCUCGGCGGCCACGGCGGGGUCGUCCUCCGCCUCGUCAUCUUCGGCCACUUAUACCGAAGAGCAAGUUUCAAUUAUCAGAGAAAUUAAGAGGAAGAAAAACUUUUAUGAGAUAUUGGGAUUAGAGAAAAGUUGCACUGUUGAGGAUGUGAGGAAAUCUUAUAGGAAACUGUCCCUUAAGGUUCAUCCCGACAAGAACAAAGCCCCUGGCGCUGAGGAAGCAUUCAAGGCUGUGUCAAAGGCGUUUCAGUGCCUUAGCAAUGAAGAGAGUAGGAGAAAGUAUGAUGUUUCCGGUGAAGAUGAAUCGGUUUACGAGCAGCGUGCCGCGAGGCCAGCUGCUAGGGGUUAUAAUGGUUACUAUGAGGCUGAUGUUGAUGCUGAGGAGAUAUUUAGGAACUUCUUCUUUGGGGGAAUGGCCCCUGCAGCCAAUUUUGGAGGAUUCAGUUUUGGACCAGGUGGUUUCAACGGCUUCAAUGGUCACAGGCCUGCUGAACACGCUUCUGGUGGUUUUAAUGUUCGUGCUUUAAUUCAGUUGUUGCCGGUGCUACUGAUUUUGCUACUAAACUUUUUGCCUUCGUCGGAUCCCUUGUACUCGCUGUCGAAGAGCUAUCCUUAUGAGCAUCGUUUAACUACACCAAAGGGUGUUAACUAUUAUGUCAAGUCUACAAAGUUUGCUCAGGAGUAUCCGCCUGAGAGCGAAGAACGAGCAACUCUUGAAGAAAGGGUGGAGAGGGAUUACUUUAGCGUUCUUCGCCAGAAUUGUCAUUUCGAGUUGCAGCGCCGCCAAUGGGGGUAUAUCCGGGAAACACCGCACUGCGAUAUGCUGCGGAAGUUUGAGUUGGCGAAUUGAUAAGUGGAAUCAUAAUCCUUAUUUUUAUUAUUGUCUUACCUUUUGAUGUAGAUGCAACAGCUAUUACUUGUUUGUGAUAUUAUAGAAUGUACAAUUUAUUUUUUUCACUCUGAUAUCAGUGAAGCAAGUUUACAAUAAGCCAGCUUCUUUGUUGGAAUUGUUCUCUCAAAUUUCAUCAACUAUCUCCCUGAUGAA